AAUAGCUCAAGAUGUUGCUAAACUGUAGGACUCUUAAGUUGAGCCAAGUAAAGCCAACCAAAAUGAUUAGCUUCAAGGGAAAAUCCACAGAUAGUGAUUUUGUAAUGUUCAAGAGAGGUUUGACUCAGAAGCUCAAGCCAAAUAGCAAGAAGGUAUAUAUAAGCGAUGAUUCAGAUUCUCUUGAUAAACCACGGAAAAUAUUUUCUCCAGAAAUGCUUCAUAAGCUAAACCAAGAAAUCAUCGCAAAGCAGAAAAUGAGGGAAAAUAAGGUGGUUAAAAAGUCAUCUAGCUUUCUUUCUACCUCAAGAUCUGGCACUGCUCCUUCUCUCUCUUAUAUAAAGAAGGGUCUGAAGGAGUCACCUUCCGUUGGCAGAUACUCGCCUAGAGAUAUUAAUAAGAAGAUUGCUCCAACUUAUUCAUUUACUAGGAAGAAAAGGGACACUCAUCUCUUCUUAUUUACAACGAGAGCAGGGGCUAAUAAUCUGUUUAACAAAAACAUUGAUUAUGAGAACUUCGAGAAAUUACUAAGCAGUAAGCAUGCUAUGGAAAGAAAAUAUUACCGCACUACUCUGAAAGAAGCAAAUAUGCUCAAGGCUCAGAUUCCAACGGUUUCAAGGAAGAGAAGAAUCCUAACUGCACGUGGUAGGAAGAAGCAUAACCCUAAAAUAAAGUUUGAUAUCAAAAGGCCCAAAACUGGUUUGAGGAAAUUGCGUCCUAAAAGUUGAUCCAAACUGUCUCUAACAAAGUCCAAAAGCCAGAACUGCUUAACGAAUAAAAAGAGUUCUAAUACUUCAAAUCCCAUUUUUAUAACGGCAACAAAUCUGAGUAAAUGCGAGAGUAAAAAGAUCAGAACCACCGAUUUUGAUUUGUAGCAAGAAUUAUGCCAGUUUCUUAUUUAUCUACAUAAAUUGCAAUUUAA